AUGUAUUUCGUUUGCAUUCUAGGCCACGAAAAAUGUAUGUUUCAUCACGAUUUGGAGUUGGACCACCGACCACCCACGCGGGAAUCGAUGAUACCGGAAAUGUCUCGAAGUUAUAAGCUACUCUUGAGUUCGUUGGGCGAAGAUCCGGAACGACAAGGACUUCUGAAAACGCCGGAACGCGCCGCAAAGGCCAUGCUUUUCUUCACGAAAGGAUAUGAUCAGAGUCUCGAUGACAUAAUUAACGACGCGAUAUUCGAUGAGGAUCACGACGAGAUGGUAGUAGUAAAAGACAUUGAGAUGUUUUCCAUGUGCGAACACCAUUUGGUACCAUUCUACGGCAAGGUGUCGAUCGGUUACCUUCCUUGCAAGAAGGUAUUGGGCCUCAGCAAACUCGCCAGAAUCGUGGAGAUCUUCAGCAGACGACUCCAGCUGCAGGAACGACUCACGAAGCAAAUUGCGAUAGCGGUCACAAAGGCUGUGCAGCCUGCAGGAGUAGCUGUCGUGAUUGAGGGAGUGCAUAUGUGCAUGGUGAUGAGGGGUGUGCAGAAGAUCAACAGCAAGACAGUGACCUCGACGAUGCUGGGCGUGUUCCGGGACGAUCCGAAGACCCGCGAGGAAUUUCUGAACCUGGUGCACAACAAGUAAACGGUCGCGUCGCGUCGCGAUGUCAUUAUCGUCGGCUACCGUACGUGGGACCACUAGAUUUCAACACCCCGACUGCUCUCCGACAUCCGACCGCUACCUCGUUGCGAAGCCCUCGCCCACAGGACUUCAGGAUCGUUGUCGUCGCCGCCACCGUAAAAGUCGUCCCACCCGCUUACAUAUAUUCCAUUGGUUUCGUGAAAAACAAAAUCAUACACGCGUUCGUCGACCUCAACAACGAUUCCAUGUGUUUCUGUAUCGUAAAUACGAUAGAGAAAGUUCAAGAGCGAUUGCUUUCUGGGACCAAGAUAGCGUGAUAGCGGAUGGUGGAGAUGAUGCUCGACACGUGUCCCGCGCUGAUAAGGACGCGUUCAAACUGCUGAUCGAGUGACAUUGACAAUAGCGACGACUAUGACGCGUCAUGGUCAUCCAUGAAGACGCCUGUACGUUUCGGAAUGACUAUGACGCGGAUGGCUCGCGAGCGAUUUAUCGCGUCGGGAUGAAGACGGCGAGCGACGUACAUUCCGGUGCAAAGAGACAGCGAAAAAAAAAUAGCGAUUUAAUUUGAAGACGAAUUAUUCAAUGCGAUAAAACGUCUAGGAACAGCAACUUGCUGCUGGAAUAGCGACAUUCCUGUCGUAGAAUCCACGUUCGCUGCACCUUUGACCGAGCGAGUUUGUCGCUCAUGAAGGAGCUUUUUAGAAAAAUUUUCAACGAAAGCUCCCGUUGAUCGCAAACUUACACGAUAGUCGAUGCGCUUCUCAUGACAAUAAAUUAUACAUCCCGUAGAUUAGUGAAUUCUUUUGAAGAGACCGCGCUCGAACUUUCGUCUGUUUGUGUCAACUGUGUGGGCUUUCAAAAUUUAAAAGCCUUGGCACAUAUAAAAACUUAGACGUAAGAUUUAAGCAGUAAGGAAAUCAACAUGUUGGAUUCGCUACUGUUUACGUUAUGGUCUUACGAUCUCUAUUGUAAUUGGUCGAUUCGCUUACUGCUUAAAGGGCUUCACACAUGAAAUGCAUAA